AUGCCGCUCUUUGCGUUUGCCGCUGCUGCCUCGGUGCUCGCGCUCUCACCCAACCCGUCGACGCUGCAGCCGUCCGCGAGCAGCAUCGACCUGGUCGAGACCGGCAAAGUGGUCCACGGCCUAGACGACCGGCGCGACUGGUGGCAGCUCGACGGCGGCGACGACGCGCUCGCGCUCAACCUGCUGGAGAAUGUGAUUGCGGUGCAGACGACGCGUGAUGAUCUCGAAAAGAUAGAGGACGGCGGAAUCUACAAGUUGAGUGCGUGGCCAAUCGACGAGCGCCACGGGGCGCAGUACAACAUGUGCGACGGGGAGCGGUACCUCAAGCAGCCCUCGCUCGGCCACUGCUCUGCCACUCUCGUCGGUCCGGACCGGAUGAUCACGGCGGGGCACUGCAUCGUGAAGGAGAGCGGGCCGGCGAGCUGCGCCGAUGUCGCGUACGUCUUCAACUACCACGUCACCGGCCACGAUUCGGAUGGGAAUCCGACCUUCCCCGAGAUCACCGAGGACGAUGUCUACUACUGCGCGGGGUACUGGACAGACUUUGACACGGGCGGGACCGACAUUGCGUACGUCAAGCUGGACCGUCCGGUCAAGGACCGCACCCCUGCCACAAACCGCCACGACACGGCCGUCCCGACCACCAUGGGUCAGAAGCUCCUGAUGAUUGGCUUCCCGUCGGGGCUUCCCGCCAAGGUGGACGCCGGCGGCAGAGUCACCAACACCGGGGCAGGCAACGGGUACGAGUGGUUCACGGGGUCGACAGACUCGUUUGGUGGUAACUCGGGGAGCGGCGUCUUUGCCGAGGACGGGACGAUGAUUGGUGUGCUGGUGCGCGGGGCGACAGACUACCGGACGGACUGGACGCGGGGGGGGUGCACGGUCGUUGCGGAGCUGCCCAACUCUGCUGGGGGAGAGGCGAUCACCUACGUGCACCACGCAGAUCUCGUCGACCAUUCAGGGCACUGGCAGCCGGCCUCGAUCGCACCGUCGGAGGUUAGCUGGGCGCUCGAGUGCGAUGGCGUGGAGGCGCCGCUCACUGGCGGCCCCUACUCCGACGACUUUCCCGGAUACUCGCACGCGUUCACCGCGACGCCGGGCUCUCGCUGCGUCCUCACUAUGCGCGACUCGUACGGCGACGGCUGGGACGGAGCCACCUGGUCGGGGCUCGGCCAGCGAGGCAUCACCCUCGCCUCGGGGUCGAGCGACACGCACGUCUUCAUCGUGACGGCGGACGGCGCGUCGCCCUACCACAGUGAAUACCCGUUUGGCCUCGUCGACGGCCGCAUGCUUAUUGUCGUCGUCGUGGGCCUCCUGUGCGCGCUUGUCCUCGGCGGUCUCACCGCCUUCUUCUGCUACCGCUCCUACCAGAACCGAACGAGCGGCAGGCUAGAUGCCGAGCACGGCAUGGGCAUGGCGCCCAAGGGCGUGACGCUACCUGCUCACAGCCUGUCGCCUGAGCCGUGA